CUUUAGUUCUCACAUGUGUGGUACUUAGGGUUUAUUUGAAAAAAUCCCUUAUAUUUUUGCCUCAAAGCUCUCCAUAAAUUCGACAUUUUAACUUCAAAUCUACAAGCACUUUAUCUUAUUGGUACAUUCUUUCAAACUCCAUGGCAUCGCCUGGAAAUACGAUAAAAAGYGAAAGUUCUACAGCCACAAAUGGCAGURCAACUGACACGACCAAAACGGCCACUUCUUCUGCAACGACAACAACUUCUUCGGCAUCUUCGAUCAAGAAACCAAGCUAUCAGYUAAAAUACACAUUAUCUGGUCACAACAAAGCUAUAUCCUCUGUCAAGUUCAGUCCCAAUGGUGAAUGGCUUGCAAGCUCUUCGGCAGACAAGCUGAUCAAGAUAUGGGGUGCUUAUGAUGGAAAGUUUGAAAAAACCAUCUCUGGACAUAAACUUGGAAUYUCUGAUGUYGCUUGGUCGUCAGACUCAAGACUCCUAGUUUCUGCUUCAGAUGAUAAAACUUUAAAAAUAUGGGACUUUUCUACAGGAAAAUGCCUCAAGACACUAAAAGGACACAGUAACUAUGUCUUCUGUUGUAAUUUUAACCCUCAAUCAAAUCUUAUCGUCAGUGGAUCAUUCGAUGAAAGUGUUAGAAUUUGGGAUGUGAAAACUGGAAAAUGCCUUAAAACUCUUCCUGCACACUCAGACCCUGUCACAGCAGUUCAUUUUAACAGAGAUGGUGCUCUCAUUGUAUCAAGUAGUUACGAUGGAUUAUGUCGGAUUUGGGAUACUGCUUCUGGACAAUGCUUAAAGACACUUAUUGAUGAUGACAACCCUCCAGUGUCAUUUGUAAAAUUCUCACCCAAUGGCAAAUACAUUUUGGCAGCUACAUUAGAUAACACACUAAAACUGUGGGAUUAUAGCAAAGGAAAGUGCUUGAAGACAUACACUGGCCAUAAGAAUGAAAAGUACUGUGUUUUUGCCAACUUUUCUGUAACAGGAGGAAAGUGGAUUGUAUCAGGCUCAGAAGAUAACAUGGUUUAUGUGUGGAAUCUUCAGUCCAAAGAAGUUGCCCAAAAACUAGAAGGACAUAUUGAUGUUGUGCUAUGCUGUGCAUGCCAUCCCACAGAAAAUAUCAUUGCAUCAGGUGCCUUAGAAAAUGACAAGACCAUCAAGAUUUGGAAGUCAGACACAUAACCAAAGAACUUUAUAGCACUUUAUACCUUUCUUACAUUAUUAUAAUAUUAUGCCAAUUCCUUUCCUGGAUUUAUAAUGUACAUAAUGUAGCAAAUCUUGAAGAGAUCCAUCACUCAAAACACUCAUGACUCUUGUUAAGCCAGACAAGUGCUGUGUCUUGAAGUGAUAGCUCUCUCUCUCUCUCUCUCUGAAGUCUUCGAGAAUCCAGCUCUUCUUAGGAUGAAUAGGAAAACCCAUUACAAAGACAUAAUAUGUAGAAAAACAAUAAAUUGAUAUCCAUGGACAGAAACUAAAAGCAUUAUUGACUUGUGUGUAAGCUUCAUGUUCUUAAUGUGAUUUCAACAACGUGUAAUUUGUGUGUAACAUAGAUUAUUUAAGAAUUAAUGUACUCAUUUG